GAUUUUGAACGCGCUCCUGAUGCUACUCUGUAACACUUCCGCUGCUCAAUGUUUCAGUGACGAGCUAGGAAAGUUAUUUGGUCUAGCUAAAAUGUCAGAAGUGUGUCGGAAUAUAAAUAAAGGUUAGUUAUUGUCACCUGAUUUACAGGAGGAACGCUAUUUCAUUUGACUGUUUCCUUGUGCAGUGUGUUGUUGAGGAUGAUGAGGACAGGCUGUGCCGCCAGUUUAAGGCUGGCAGGGAGAGUAGCCGUCAGACUCUGCUCUAGCAACCGAACAAAACGUUCAUCUUUCGCAAAUUCCACUCCACGAACCCAAGCUGAAAAACAGAGGCGAAAGCAGCGACGAGAGGAGGCUAUACUAUCAAGUCCACGCAGUGCUGUAGAAGAUGAAGCAGUGAAGUGGAGCCAAAAGGAGAGGGUAGCAUACAAAGCUCAAACACCUUAUAGGAAAAAUGAAGACACUAUCCUGCCGUUCCCAUCCUCAUAUAGUCCAGAAUAUGUGGAGUCCAAAUGGUAUCCAUGGUGGGAAAAAGAGGGAUUCUUUAGUCCAGAGCAACAUGAAAGGCUAUCUCACAGUGUGGAUCAGACAUUUUGUAUGUGCAUACCACCACCAAACGUGACUGGUACUCUGCAUCUUGGGCAUGCUCUGACUGUAGCUGUAGAAGAUGCCCUGGUUCGAUGGAAAAGGAUGCAAGGCUACAAAGUACUAUGGGUCCCUGGAUGUGACCAUGCAGGUAUUGCAACACAGACAGUGGUGGAGAGGAGACUGUUAAAGGAAGAGGGGAAGUGCAGACAGGACUUCACCAGGGAACAGUUUCUGCAGGAGGUGUGGAAAUGGAAGAAAGAGAAAGGAGAAGAAAUUUACGAACAGCUGAGAAGGCUUGGAGCUUCUCUUGACUGGAGCAGAGCCCGUUUCACUAUGGAUCCAGGCUUCAGCCGGUCUGUGAGUGAGGCCUUUGUCAGGUUGUGUGACUCUGGUCUCAUUUAUCGCUCGGAGGGCUUAGUCAACUGGAGCUGUUUUCUGGAAUCAGCUAUUUCUGACAUAGAGGUGGACACCAAGGAGCUGUCUGGAAAGACUUUGAUGUCUGUUCCUGGAUAUGAAAACAAGAUAGAGUUUGGAACAAUGUAUACAUUUGCAUAUCCUGUGGAGGGACAAGAUAGAGAGAUCGCUGUGUCCACCACCCGUCCUGAGACUAUGCUCGGAGAUGUGGCUGUAGCUGUUCACCCUGAUGAUCCUCGAUAUUUGGCUGUUCAUGGAAAGCAAUGCAGGCACCCCUUCACAGACAGACUCCUGCCCAUUAUCACUGAUUCAGUGGUGGAAAUGGAUCUUGGAACAGGGGCAGUGAAGGUGACUCCUGCUCAUGACCACACUGAUUUUGUGCUAUCACAAAGAAACUCACUGCCACGCCUUAUGGUUAUUGGUGAAAAUGGAACCAUGACACGCCUGUGUGGACUGUGGCUGGAGGGAGUCAAGCGUUUUGAUGCCAGGCAGCUUGUGGUGGAUGCCCUGGUGGAAAAGAAGCUUUUUAGAGGAGAGAGGAGUCACGCCAUGAUGUUACCCAUCUGCAGCCGUUCAGGAGACAUCAUUGAACCGCUUUUAAAAAAGCAGUGGUUUGUUCGCUGUGAUGAAAUGGCUAAAAAAGCUGUACAGGCUGUGGAGGAUGGACACCUAGAAAUAAUCCCUCACUUUUACACUAAGACAUGGAAGAACUGGCUUUCCAACAUCAGUGAUUGGUGCAUUUCCAGACAGCUUUGGUGGGGUCACCAGAUUCCUGCUUACCGAGUGGUUCUUGCUAAUUCCACUGACCACCCAGAGAAUGAUCAGUGGGUUUGGGGACGGAGCAAGGACGAGGCCCGACAGAGAGCUGCUGUCAAAUUUGGAGCAAAUCCAGAAGACAUUGUUUUGUCUCAGGAUUCUGAUGUCCUGGAUACGUGGUUUUCCUCUGGACUGUUUCCUUUUGCCAUGCUGGGUUGGCCAGAACAGACUGCUGAUCUUCAGCGCUUUUACCCCAAUUCUAUUCUGGAAACAGGCAGUGACCUCAUCUUCUUCUGGGUGGCAAGGAUGGUGAUGCUUGGCACAGAGCUGACUGGACAGUUACCUUUUAGACAAGUUCUCUUUCACUCCCUGGUGAGAGAUAAACAUGGCAGGAAAAUGAGUAAAUCUCUGGGAAAUGUUAUCGAUCCACUAGACGUUAUAGAUGGAGUUUCUCUGGAGAAACUUCAGGAGAAAGUCAAAGAGAGAAAUGUUGACUCAAGGGAGAGGCUAUUUGCCAUGGAAGCACAGAGGAAAGACCUCCCAAAGGGGAUCCCUCAGUGUGGCACUGAUGCGCUAAGAUUUGCUCUUUGCUCUCACAAGAUACAGGGAGAAGACAUCAGUUUUUCUGCAUCUCAGGUUCUGAGCUGCCGACACUUCUGUAAUAAAAUGUGGCAGACAUUGAGGUUCACACUGAAAGUAUUGGCUGAGAGCACAACACCAGUGGGAGCACUGGAAGAGACCAGACCAGUGAGCAGCAUGGACCGGUGGAUCUGCUCCAAACUGUACAGUACAAUAGUACAGUGUGAACAGGCCUUUGAAGCUUAUGAGCUGCAUACUGUCACAUCUGCCCUUUAUACCUUCUGGGUUCAUAGCCUGUGUGACGUGUACAUGGAAUAUGUGAAGCCUGUGGUGGGCCAGACUGACAUAGAGCAUAGUGACAGAAUGCGACAUGUGGCCAGCACUGUCCUCUAUCACUGUGUGUCAGUGUCUCUGACCAUGCUUUCCCCUUUCAUGCCCUUCAUUACUGAGGAAUUGUGGCAGAGACUCCAACCAUUCAGACCUAGAGCUUCUGCUCAGGACAGUCUGUGUUUACAGCCGUACCCACACUCCUCCCAGCUGGCACACUGGCAUUUCCCUGAAGAGGAAAGAGAUUUCCUGUUGGUCCAGGAAGUAAUCAGAGUGGCACGUUCACUAAGAGCACAGUGUGGCAUGACCAAAGAGAAACCUGCCAUGUGGGCAGUGUGUUCACACCACCAGGCCCAGGUUCUGCUUCACUUUCAGUCAGCUGUUUGGACUCUAAGCCGGAUCUCUCACCUCCAUAUCUUCUGUCCUCAAAGAACUAACUCUCUCGUCUCUGUCCACAAUACACCUCCACCUAAAGGAAGCCUCAUUGGUGUGGUGGACCAUACAUUUCAGCUACACCUUCACGUCCAGAGUGGAAUGAACAAGGACAAACUGAUUCUGCAGCUUCACCAGCGCAAAGAAAAGCUGAUUCCAAGGCUGGAGGAAGUACUUUGCAGAGUCCAAUCAUCAGACUAUGCUACAAAGGUUCCUGCUCAUGUCAGGCAGCAGAUGGAUAGUAAGAUGUCAACCAUACAGCAAGAGCUGAAGACCAUUGAGGACCAACUGAAGCUGCUCCAAGAUACUCAAACAGAUGAGAGAUAACAGCUCAAUUCAUCAGGCAUUAUAUAAUAAUUGUGUGGACUCUUGCAUCAGCCAUAAUGAACUAUUCUCUGUGAGGCAUCACAUGUUCUUAACAUAAUUGUUCAUGCCUUGUUCCAUUGACAAACGACAGUUUGUUUGUUUAGUUUAGCAUGUGAGAAAUGUAAUACAAGGACAAAUCAAAAAUUAAUAUGUGAGCAAUAUAUAUAUACAUAAUCUGACAACUGAAAUAAAAAAUGUGUUGCAUGAUGGAAACAGGAGGAUUUCUAAAGUUUAACUAGUGAAUAAAAUCCAGGACACCUUUUUGGUGUCCAUUCAAAUGUUCUUUUAUGUGCAGAACAAUUGGUGAUCGGUGAUUCAGGUUAGCAUGACUAGUUUUGGCAUGUUAUCUAAAGAAAAAAAGUCAGAUGCUUGCAACAGAGCUGAUGGAACAAAAAGGCUAUAGUAUACUAUUACUAGUGUACUGCAGAACCCUGUAUUUGUGAUGUUGCUGCCCCUGGUCCAAAUUCAUGUAAUAGUCCAGCAUGAACAUUACUUUUCCCAAACAGUGAUAUGUAAUGUUGUUAUUACAGCUGGAUAGUCAGUCUACCCAGUGGAACUUUGGAAUCAGUUGCCUGUCUGUUAUGCUAGAUAGAACCUGAGUCAUAUUCAACAGACAAAAAAGAUGUACUGAGAAAUGUCUCAGUAACUCUUAUGUCAUCAAGUGAACCUAUAGAUUACAAAACAUGGGUGUAUUCAAAACAUAGUAAUAUUUUAAUGAAAUUGUGUUUUUGAAUAUGCAGGUACUAAUGUUAUAUAAGUACUAAUAUUGUAUGAAAAAGGUACACUCUCUGGAGGACAGGUCUCCAGAUUGAUUAGAUUUUAAACAUUUUCAUCGUAAUAUUAUGAAUAAACAUCUAUUUUGUGCAAUGCC